AUGUAAAAGAUACAAUUUUAUUUAAUCAAAAUAACAUACUAUAUUAAAACAAUUUAGGAAUUAAUAUUACAUUAAUUUUUUAAAUGAAUUUACCCUCUAUUUUUGUAUUAAUAUUUAAAUAUACAAGACAUUUAAUAGAAAUAUUCUACAAAUAUUAACAGAUUAUUAUAGAAUUUCAUUUUUGUUUAAUAAACAUUGAUGUACACAUUGUAAAAAUCAUAAAUAAUGUAAAUAUUAAUUAUAAUUGUCGAUGUAAUCUAAAUUAAUGUUUUAAUUAAGUAAUAAGUAAUAACGAUCAUGCUUUUGAAAAAUUGUGCCGGUACUGGGUUAGGAGUCAUGAGAGUCAAGACGAUUAACUUUUAUAAUUGCGGAUGAUUUAGAAUUUAAAGAAAACAGUUAUAGGAGCAAAUUUCAUAAAAAAUGGUAUGGAGAUAAGAGCUUCCCAUCUCGAGUAGUAACAAAAAAGAGAAAACAUAGGAUAAACUCAAAACGAAAUCAUUAUUAUGAUAAGUAAUAAGAAUUAAAUAAAAUAAGAAAUAAGUAGAUGCUAUAAAAUAGUUUUAAGAAUAUGUAAAUAACAUCAAUUAUAAGUUAAUAAAACAUAAGUUGGUUAAGUAGUAAACAUAGUUGAGUUAUAUAUCUCGACACAUUUCAUAAUGAUAAUAAUAAUAAAAUAAUGAUGAUAUGAAAAGUGGUACAUAUAUGUCUAAAUAAUAUAUAUAAUUAUAUUUGAUAUUAGUAGAUAUAUUUUAAACAGGUAAUAUGCGUGUACGUUUAUUGCUGCAAUACUAAUUGUUUAAUUAAAAGCUAUGGGUUUAACUGCUUGGUUUUUAACUACACAGCAUGUGCGUAAUUAAUUAUCAGAGUUAAUUCAUCCAUUCUUGCUCAUAUAUGUAGCUAAGAAAACUACGCGUUCGUUGAGUGUAUACAUAUACAACUAGAACCGUACAUCUAAUUUUAGAUCCAACAUCUGUUACGAUAUUUCCUGUGAAGCUUCUAUAAGUUGUAGCUUAAAACUUUUAUCUGAAUACAUUAUAUAUUAUACAUACUUGAAAUCAAUUACAAAACUGUAUACAAUUAUAAACAAGAUUCUACAUAUGUAAUAUAUAUAAUAUAACAAUUAAAGCUUUUGUUAUAAUCUAUCAUUAUUUCUCUGUUUCAUUCAUCCUUAAAUUCAUUUUCCAACAGUACGUAUAUGAGCAAUAUGACGCAAAAGGAAAACAACAACAAAAGAUGCUCAUCCCUUUUUCAAAGCUGGUUGCUUUAGUGAUCAUUUUCUAUAAUGAAUGAGUCACUUGCAACGAUUCUCUUAUCUAGGGCACGCUUAUCCAGUUAUCUUAUAUUUGUCGGUGAUAAAGAGAAUACUAGCUGGAAGAAUCAGGUGUACACUGUCGUAUUCAUCCGUAGUUACCACGUUGUCCACGUUUUGAUAUUAAUUCAAAAAGUGAUUUUUGCGGAAGAAAUCCGCGUCCAAACGUGUUUUUUGUUGCAAAAUUUGUUUGGAAUACACAAGUGUAAAAACUAGCUCUAAAACAAUGGUUGGCAAAACUUCCGGGCCUCAAUUAGAGCAACGAAUUCAGUGUAUAAAAUUUACCAUUUUCUGCUUGAAUGCCAUCAUAUGGCUACUUGGAAGCUCAAUGUUUGGAUUAUGCAUGUGGCUAAGGAUGGAUCCAGAUUUCCAGGAGUGGGUUGCGUUCCUUGAAAUAUAUGAAUUCUACAUCGGCAUUUACAUCCUACUUGCGGCUUCGAUAUUUAUCGUAAUUAUUACGUUCAUUGGCUGUGGAGUCGCUCUUAUGGAACAUAUCCUUGGUCUCUACGUUUAUGUAGGAUUGCAAUUACUUUCCUACGUUCUUGGCCUGGCAGGGACAGCAGUUCUCCUCGAUUAUUCCACCUACGACAGUAAUAUUCAGCCGCUUAUACGACGAUCCAUGACCUCACUCAUCAACAAUUACCACGAUCAAAGAUCGACGUACAUUCUACAAUUAAUUCAAGAGAGUAUCGGUUGCUGUGGUGCCGAUGGCCCGAUGGAUUAUAUAACCUUGAGGAAACCAUUACCCACUGAAUGUAGGAACACGGUUACUGGAAACGCCUUCUUCUACGGAUGUGUCGAAGAAAUUUCAUGGUUUUUGGAGGGUAGAUCGGGUUGGCUAGCUGGUUUAUCAUUGGGUCUAUGUAUGCUCCACAUAAUAAUAGCUGCCCUAAGUCUAGCGCUGAUCCGAGCUAUUAAAAAGGAAGAACAAUCCGUUACAUUCAAACACUGAUUUGUAUUGAUUUAGUACAAUAAUAAUACUUGUAACGCGAGGAAGUAUAUAAAAUAUCCAAAGUAAACCACAAAUAUUUAGGAGAUGAAACAAAUGAGGUUUCGUAUUUUUGAUCGUUCUGAUGCAAAUAUGAAUUGGCAUAAACAUUCGCAGUCUACUAACGGCAAUCAAUGACAAUAUAAUAUUCACUUUGUGAAUUGAUAUCUAUGAAAAAAUGGACUGAAACGAAGAGAAACAGAUUUAGAAAGAUCAACGAGUUAGACAAUGUGUCGAAGAAAUAUAUGAAGAAUAUAGAAUAUUCUUCUUAAAUUCAUCUUUUUUUAAUUUUUACUUAUAAUAAUUACUCGCUAUAGCAUUUUUCGAUGAAGUAGAAUACAUGCUCGGUAUGUAUAUACUGAAUGUAUUCUUAGCUAAAAGAAAUCUUUGUAGUGCUAUUUAGAGCAAAAGAAAAUUAGGUACACGUGCUUGUUCUAAGUUUAGAAUUAAACUUCAUUACGUAAUCUCUUCAUACGUUUUAUAUUUUUAAAUGGUUCACGUUGCUUUAUCAGAAUAUUAAAUGAAUGAUAUCAUGCGAGCAGAUUUAAUUUAAAGGCAUAAUUUUGUACUUAAUACAUAUUUUUCUUUCGAUG